CAUACAGCAACAUGUGCAGCAGCUCCAGACCUGCAGGACAUGUGGACGAAGAGCAGCAGAGCCAUCAAUUAAUGAAGAUAGACGCUCUCAUAAGCACACCACACUGUUUUCUGAGAGGACAUGAAUAAUCUCUGGACUGUAUUCAUUUUUACUGUAGCCCUCAAGGUGGGUGUUGGCCAGUUCCUCCAGACAGCUGAGCUGCAGGUGUUUCUGGGAGAGUCUGUGGUUCUGCCCUGCAAUGGUUCUGGUUUUCCAGCAGACGAGCUGCAGGUUUACUGGGAGGCCAUUGGGAAAGACGUCCUCUCUCUGCAUGGAGAUACACUGAGCGUCGGCAGAGGUUUUGAAGACCGGGUGAACUUCAUCACAGAUCCGGCAGAGACUCAAGAUUUCUCUAUCAUCCUGACAGACGUGAUGCUGAACGACGGAGAGAUUUACGAAUGCCUUUGGAAGGGAACGAUACCCAUCUGCUCCGUCUUACUGCAAGUGUUGCCACCAAAGUUUUCCAUAGUUCACGCGGAGGCGUUUGAAGGCGAUGAAGUCACGCUCGAAUGCUUCGGUAAUAUUCCCAAAAACAAACCCUAUGAAGAAAUCUCCAUCCAGUGGGUUAAAGACGAGCAAGAGAUCCUGCGCUUGAGCUCUGGACAGACACAGACUCUGGAGGAUUACAGCAGCUUCAUCACAUUACCAGACCAGCAGGACAUCAGCCGCGGGAUCUUCUCUCUCACUGUUAGAUCAGUCAGUGGGUUUGAUCAGGGUGUUUAUCAGUGCCGAUACAAGAGCUCGGAUUACGGAGACCUACAAAGAGGAUUCCCGGAGAGACACAUGCUCACUGUCUGGGCUGUGUUUUCAGGUCGGCCGGCCAUCACAGAUUUUCCUUCCAGUUUGCCAUGGACUGAGACUGGCAGCACAGCGGGAGCAUCUACAUAUGCCACAGAUACAGAUACAGAUACAUAUGCCACAGAUAUAUAUGCAACAACUACAUAUGCCACAGAUACAUAUGUCAACGAUACAAAUACCACAGAGACAAAUGCCACAGAUUCAUAUAUCACAGACACAUAUGCUACAGAUACAAAUGCUACAGAUUCAUAUGCCACAGACACAUAUACCACGAGCUCUCAGACUGACACGCUGCCAGCUCACACAACAUAUGAUCCCCACACAUACACUCACAGCAGCAGCACAGAGAGAAACACUGAGAAAAGCACCAGCGCAACACACACUGACCCACACACAACCUCACACAGUCACGGCACCGUUUCCGGUCAGCGGGAUCAUCAGUCAGAUCAGCAGAUUCCCUGGAUCCGCAUCGGCCUGAUCUCUGGAGUUCUGCUGGUCACGGCACUGCUUAUAGCUUUCCUGCUGCUGUCGGGGAGAAUCUGAUUCAACAGGACGAACAAUAAGAUGCAGGGAUUCAACUUUCAGACAUUUCCAUGCAAAGCGCUCAUUUCAAGAACUGUGAAUGUUUUAAAAAUAUAUUGAUUUAUCUGUGGAUCAAUACUGUUUAAAGGCCCUGUGAAAUUACAAUCACUAUUUUAGAUGUUAGUAUCAGUCUGUUAGGUUAUCUAUAAACUCCUCUGCUCCAAAACAGUGACAAAAUUUACAUUUAUAAGAUAUA